CCGCUGUACCGUGUCCGUGCGCUCAAUGCGCGCUUGUGGCACAGUCACGGAGCUGUCAGCCUUGCGAAUCGCCUUCAGCCUUCCCUUCGUCUCAUAUACUAUUAAAGCAUGUCGGGAAGUUAUUGAUCCUAGGUGUAUGCUAAUUUCGAAGGCUAGCUAGCUACCUACCAUUCAUAUCGCUUCUACACUCUGAUCGUCAUCUCGUUGUUACCACACCAGUGCACCUAUUUCUAUCUGGAUCAUGGCUGUUCCUUUCGGAUUCUCUGCAGGAGAUUUUAUGGCAGCAAUUCAUCUGGUCCACAAGGUCAACAUAGCCUUACGCGAAACAGAUGGUGCGAGCUCGCAGUACAAUCAGACCAUUAGUGAGCUACAAGGCCUUGAGGGAUUGCUGCGAGGUGUGCAAAGUGCCUAUUCUGCAGAUAUUGAUCCUCAGCAACUCGACAAGUUACAAUUACUCGGACAUCAAUGUUAUAUCCCACUCAACACAUUUCUCUCAAAGAUCAAAGCUCUAGAGCCCAGCCUCGGGAACCUCGAUACAAGAAGUGAUUGUAUUAUCGACCGGACUAGAAGGACUGCACGCAAGGUACACUGGGGUCUUCAAGUAAAAAAAGAGCUAUCCGAGCUUACUGCUGCCAUGGGGCUCCGGAUCAAUGUUAUCAACAUGCAAUUACUUCUAAUCAACGCCGAACGGCAAGAGAAAGCGGGAACUUCCCCCGAGGCCCUUCCGCAGACCUUGAACGGCCUCAACUCCCAGAUGGAGAGUUUCCAGAACAGCUUUGAUACUCGACUCAACUCUCUUGCUACAACGACGUCUGUGGACAACGUUGUGCAGACCCUCCAAGACAUGCGACUAGAGGCUGCGAACGAUCGCAAUGCACAAAUGGACAAUAUCCGCAAACAAAUCGACACCUAUACGGGUCGCUUCAACCCAGAGCUCUCGCAGCAAGUAUUAGAUUCGAUUGAGCUUCUUAACUCCAAGAUUGAAGAUCAUUUAGCUCGGUCAAGAACAAACACAACCCAGGAUACGGCAAUUCCGAGCCCUGUGUCCAGACCGUCUAUACCUGCCGAUUCUGGGUCAUCGUGUCAGGAUCAGAGCGCGAUACAGAGAGUUGAAGUGGUCGAUAACGAUAUCGAAAGCUUCGCAAUGGUCCAUAUCCAGUCACAGAAUGCCAGCGCCCGAUUUUGGCAACCUUCCGGCUCCAGAAACCUCACAGUUGAACUCGCUCUCAGGGGAACGAUACAACGAGCUGCUAUGCCUCAGCAAGGAUCAAUACUUAUGUUCUGGCGCAAAGACUUUCCCCAAAUCCUAAAGAUUGGUCAUACUAAAUCGAUCGGUGUCGAGGAACGCUUACAAACGUGGAGUCGUUCGUGUAAGAGAGAGUAUGCGUCCGACCCGCAACUCUAUAAAGAGACAGAAAUGGUAGUGCCAUUCGCCUAUCAAGUGGAAAGACUCAUACACACGGAGCUUAAGAACUACCGGAUGCGUAUAGAAUGCACUGGCUGUAGUAAACCACGCGAAGAGGCACGUGCGCAAGCUAUGGAAAGUUUCCCACGAAUGAGGAAUUGGGAAACUAUGGGAAAAUUAUACCACAAAGAGUGGUUUUGUGUCUCUAAGGAACAUGCCUUCAAGGUUUUCCAGAAAUGGAAAGCCUGGAUGUUGCUGGAGCCAUAUGUGCAGACUGAUCAUGGAGAAUGGGUGCUCAAACCGUCCUUUCUCGACCAUACAAGCGAAAUAUGUCGACCUUUGACAAUCGAAGACUGAUAAGCACAGUGCUGCAGACAAAACUGUCAACCAUAAACUUGUGUAAAUAUGCAAAAUACACCUACCAGUUACAGCCA